AGAUAAAUUAAGAAUAACAAGAUUCUUGAGGGGUGACAACUGAGAAGAAUACAAUUCAUUACGUUGAUCUUCCGCCGGAACAAGUCUUGUCUUUCCUUGCUCAGGACAAAAUUGUACGGAUGGAUUAUUCUCGGAGCUUUCUCGCAUUUUCUCUCUUCUGUCUUAUCCUGAUCCUCCCGCGAGUCUCAUCCGCCUCUAUACGUUUCCUCCCUCGAUGGAGUGACAGAGAUGGGUCUGUGAUAAAGCAGAAGACGAGUGCUUCCUCUCUUGUCUUUGAUCCGACUCGUGUCACUCAGCUCUCUUGGACUCCUAGGGUGUUUUUGUACAAAGGGUUUCUCUCAGAUGAGGAAUGUGAUCAUUUCAUCAAAUUGGCGAAAGGGAAGCUGGAGAAGUCUAUGGUGGCGGAUAAUGAUUCAGGCGAGAGCGUAGAGAGUGAAAUACGUACAAGCUCUGGAAUGUUCCUUUCGAAAAAACAGGACGAUAUAGUAGCUAAUGUGGAGUCAAGACUCGCCGCAUGGACCUUUCUUCCUGAAGAAAAUGGAGAAUCAAUGCAAAUACUGCACUAUGAGAAUGGUCAAAAGUAUGAACCACAUUUUGAUUACUUCCAUGACGAGGCAAACGUACAGCUCGGUGGUCAUAGGAUCGCCACUGUAUUGAUGUACUUGUCCAACGUCAAAAAAGGUGGAGAGACAGUCUUUCCCAUGUGGAAGGGCGCAACAGAUCAACCAAAAGACGAUAGCUGGACCGAAUGUGCCAAGGAAGGUUAUGCGGUGAAACCGGUGAAAGGGGACGCACUGCUCUUCUUCAAUCUUCAUCUCAAUGCAACCACAGACCCGAGCAGCUUACAUGGAAGCUGUCCAGUGGUUGAGGGAGAGAAAUGGUCAGCAACCAGAUGGAUUCAUGUCGAGUCCUUUGACAGAUGGUUUAACAAGACGUCUGGGUGUGUGGACGAGAAUGAGAACUGCCCUAAAUGGGCAAAGGCAGGGGAAUGCGAGAAGAAUCCAUCCUACAUGGUGGGUUCAGAGAGUGACCAUGGAUAUUGCAGAAAGAGCUGCAAAGUUUGCUCUUCUUAAAGAAAUAAAGUAUAAUCAAAUCUUUUUACUAAAGGAUCAAUGAUUUUUGUAUAGCGAAAAACCCGGUUUUCGCCAUUCAAGUUUAGCUAAUAGAAUGAAAAAGUUGAGAAACUACACUUGAAGAUAAUCCUCAUGCUAUGUUACUUAUCUUCUUAAUAAGCUUAUGGUUUCCUGUUCA